AUGCAAAUCAAGCUUGUUAUUCUUACUAUCUGUGCUUCUCUUGCCGCUGUUGGCUUUGCCGCCCCUCCUCCUCCAGGUGGCCCAAAUUUUCUAGAUGCUCUUAUCCCUGGCGGUGAUCCUCCUUCUGGCACUAAUGAUCCAAGUCUUCCUCUUCCCGAUGCUAAUGAUUCAGGUAUCACAUCGACUGAAGGAAAGCCUCCUCAAAGUCUAGCAGGACAAGUACAAAAAAGAAAAGCUCCAUUCAUAUUCCUAAGAAAAGGACGAGGGCGAAGACCAGUGCAAAAACCACCAGCACCAGCACCAACACCUCUAAUAUCAGGAGUAGCACCUCCAGCAGUAGCACCUUCAGCAGCAGCAUCCUAA